UGCUCGAGGUAUGAAUAACUAUAUGAAGAGUCUUCUGAGCGUGAAUGUGUGACAGUAGUCGGGUAGGUCUGUAAGUAACACAUGUUGCAGCUAUUACAGCCAUUUGCAGUUUCACUGUAGGAUGAUGCGAGCUUAGACAUGCAUGGCUUAAUCUUUGAAAUAAAUUGUGAUGGUGGCAAGAUCAACCUGAAUGCUCGGAGAUCACACAAACGCCUUUCUACGCGCGUGCCAACGCCCAUUACGUCAGUAAGUAUCGUCUCUGGUUCAGCCAAUCACAGUAAUUACCGUCCCCGGCUCACCCAAUCACCAUUAAGCUCUCCAAGUGCACACAAGCCAAGCUUCAGUGACAGACGACAGUCGUUGAAGUGUGAUGGACCUCUUGUGUCGUGAGGUCGUCACACCAGUCGUCGAUAAAUCUGUCGUCAGGACCACCUCAACAACACACGAGGAGGACGAGAGUAGAGAGUGUGUUGGCUUUGUCCAGAUGUAGAGAUGUUCUCAACCUGACACUGACAGUGACACUGACACCGACACUGACACCAACACCGACACUGACACCGACACCGACACUGACACCGACACCGAGACAACAAAGUUUACUUGUGUCACAGGAAUCACCAGUCAUGACGAGAUAUCGGUACACAAAACACGUUCACAGUGACUAUUCUGUCCAGUGACUAACGCUUUGCCACACAGAGAUGAGUUUCCUCCCCUCACACAGACAGCAGACACACUGGAGUCAGUUCAGGGGAGACUACUAGUCAGUUAUGUCACGUCGUCAGCCGUCUGCUUCACAGCAGACAAAGAGCAGGAGAGGGAAGGGUGGCAGUGGUGGACGACCGUCUGGGAACGUUUACCUACACGCCGUGACUGAUGGACAGGCUACUCUUCUUGCUGACACGGCAACCACAAGACCGCUUUGUGAGGUAGAGAAAGGCUCGGGCGCUCAUGUCAUGCUGGACUCUAAGGCCUCACCUGUACCAGGUAUGAAGGUUGUCGUCAUCACUGGUCAACCCUCGCAGAUCCACACAGCCGUCAGGCUCAUCAGUCACAAGACUGGCGCUCAGGGAACACUGUCAGACCAAGCCCUGACAUUCUGGUUCCAGUGGGUUGAGGCUUCGUUCCCUGAUCUCGACUCACGCGCCUACUUCCUGCCUCCUGUCUACUUCAACCGCGUGCCCAUGGUAAGACAGUCGGUAGCUGGUCAGGAUGUUCUUGUCCUCCAGUCAGCAUCUGGUCAGGCCGGUCAGUCCAGCCAGUCCGUGACGACUCCAUCCGCCGCUGUUCAAACUUGUCUUCCUCAGCCUCCUCGUGUUCAGGACAGUGAUGUCCGAGAUGACUCAGCCAUGCAGCGGGUCCUCUUCUGUCUGAGGAAGAUGACUGAACAGAAGGGAGAAGUGUUGUUUGCAAUGAGCAAUCUACAGUUCGCACAGUACCUGGGGGAACCUUGUUACGCUGCUGCGGCUGCUCAGUUGGCCCUACCCGCCAACCUUCCUUCCACCCAGCCACGAAACUGGAAACAGGGAGACUUUGAUGUGCUUCUUAUUCACCGCCAUUACGGCUUUGUGGUCUGUGAGGUGAAAGCGUUUGGUGACAACGUACAUGCACUCAGUAUGUCGCCUCAGGUAAUAGCAGAUAAAAUAAGAGGGAAGCUGAAAGAGGCCGCGACACAGCUGGACAAGGCGGCGGCCAUGUUGUCACACCUGGUGUCCGAUGUUACACCUGGACUGCACAUCACUAAGGUCAUUGCAGUCCCUAACCUAAAGGCUGAUCAGGUGAAGCAGGCUUUGUCUGGCCACAAACAGCUAACACAGGACCUGUGUCGAUGUCUGGGAACAACAGACCCCGCCGACAUCCCAGGUGUGUGUCUGUGCUGUGAUCAGCUGUCUGACCCCAAGACACCGUGUGACGUCAGAAGUCACGUGCUGAGGGAACUCGGACACUGGUGGCAGCGACGUGUAGCUGGGGCUGGACGUGACAGGCUCAUGACUGAUGCUGUGUACAGGACUCUGGUGGCCAGACACAAGAAAAGGCACUUCCCGUCAUUCUGUAACCAGCUGCUGAUACGAGUUCCUCGUCUCCAUCUGUGGGCCGCAAGUUGUUAUUAUGCAUUCAUACCCGCCUGCUGGCAAGUGGAAUAUUUAACCAGACCCCUCCGCUCUCCUCCGUCUGUCGUCAGGGAAGUCGAGCAGGACGAGAAGAUCAGUAAAUACCGUGUUGUCCACCCGUACUGUAAGCGAGGUGUACCCGACCACACAGACGGCCCGCCAGUCACACGACUGUAUCACCGAGGACAGGGUCACUCAGGUGACAGGCCAGGUGGCUGUGUGACGUGCGGUCGUGACGUGGCCAGCUUCCUACACAGUCUCCGUGUUGGUGUUACAGGGAGUUGCACAACAACAUCGACAACAGUGACGUCCACCAGCGGCUUCACAACACCACCCUGUCUACAGUGGAGAGACGUGCUGUUGGUGCACUGGGGUGACUUUAGUGACAACUCGGGUUUGGUGACAGGACUGCUAGAAGCGGGUAUCCCAGUGCGGGUGAUGACGGAUGAAGACAUCGAGGACGUGGCCACGGCCAGCAGUGACGUGGUGUGGGUGGCGAGUGGAUGUCGUGUUCGUGGUCUGGAGAGAAAAGCGUCGUGUGUGUGAACGAUCCUGCGUUUAACUUCACGAGAAUGUUUGAAGGCGAUACGAAAGACAAGCUUAGACGAAUGAUGCACGGCUUUGUCCAACUUGACCUCAUGUCCCGCUGUACGUCACAACUUGUGAUUGUUUAUCCUGAAGAUGACUGACAUUCACUCACCUGUCACUGUUUUAGUUGUGUGUCUGUCUCUCUUUUACAUUAACCGUUGUUUUUAGCCUUUCUCCUCUUGUACUAUCAGUUUAUCACGAGAUUAUGUACGUUAGUGUGUAUCAGUGUCAACAUCAAUAUCACACGGUCUACUUUACACAACAUCUAAUGUCAUCACAGUUAUCAUGUGAAGUAAACUAUUCAGUUCAGAAUAUAUUUUAUAUUAAAGUUGUCUUAUUACA